UCAAGAAUGGGUUUUGUCUGCUUUUUCGAAACUGUCUGGAGACUGUUUGAUAAAUUCGUUUAAAGCCUUAAAAGUUAGAAUCUGUAAACAUUGUGGUCAUGAAUGCUCAACACCUCAAAAACUUCGUGAGCAUCUUAAGCAAAAAAAUCCAUGCAAACCAUUACAAGAAGCUAACCAACAACCUAUUGAAGAGGAUAUUCAAAAACCUGUUCAAGUGACUAUCCAAAAACCUAUUCAAAAGAAUAGAGACUAUAUUAGUCAGGAGGAGGCAGACAAAUAG